AUGCGCACCUUCCUCUCCAAGGAGACGCCUCUGCACAGCUGUUCUAGGACCCGUCUGCGGGACACAGGCCCUGCUCCCUCUGGGUUUUCUUUUCUUGUAGAUCUUGGAGGAGCUCAAGUGUUGGCAACUGGCAAGUCUGCCGGGGCUGAAAUUGACAUCAAGUACGCCCUCAUCGGCACCGCGCUGGGCGUCGCCAUCUCUGCCGGCGUCCUGGCCCUGAAGAUCUGCAUGAUCAGGAGACACUUGUUCGAUGACUACUCUUCCGACCUGAGAAGCACACACCAGGCCCCCAACGGUGAGGGGCUGGCCCGGGAAAGCACAGUGUCGUAGGCGGCCACCCGGCGAG